CUCUUUGUCUUUUACCCUUUUGCUCAAAAUCGCCAGAUCCAAGUGAAAUCUUUAGUUAUUAAUAUUUAUUUUAAAAUGUUGAUAAAUGAACUUCCCGACGAUUGUUUGCUCGCCAUUUUUGACCAAUUCGAUAACCUGUAUCAUUUAAUAGCCUGUUUUAAAGUUUGUGUCAAAUGGAGCCAUUUAAUUGUUAAACGAGCUAAAAAAGUUAAAUAUUUUACAGAUUAUCGUGCUCGUAGACCUAAUUAUUCACCUGAUUAUGUUUAUUAUAGAGACAGAGAUCUGAUUGAUGUAGCUGGUUUGAGCACAUUAUUUCCAAAUUUAAUAGUUGCUGGAUUCUCUGAUAGAUUCCAAAGUGAAGUAAAAUCUGUAGAUAUUGCUGCAUUUGUCAGAAAACAUGAGCCUUUGAAAGUAAUGAUCACUUCAUGUGUAGCAAUGGAAGAAUGUUGUGGUAAACUCGAAAUGCUAGCCACCGAUUGUUUUAAGCCAGGCGUUCUAACUAAUGGCAGUUACUUCGAUGGUCUAGUAUUGGAAAAGCUCAAAGUAGUUGUAAUGCACUCAAAUGUUAUCAAUCUUGGUACGACUUUUUACGGUUUCCAGUUUAUGGCUUCAUGUCCGAAUUUACAAAGUGCCCAUAUAACCAUUAAUUCUAGUACCGUGCUUGUUGAUGAAACAUUGAAACACGAAUGUUUGCAAGAUUUAGUGAUAUAUUGCGUACAUUAUGGCCAAAUCUGGGACGAUCUGAAAAGAGCUCUUAUGAAAUAUCCGAAUCUCAAACAUCUUGCGUUGAGGAAUCUACGUCGCAUAGAUGAUGAACAUAUCAAGCAAUUGCUUGACAUUUUACCCAAUCUGGUUAUAUUUGAUGUUCGCGGAGCUCAUGGAAUGGCUCUAGAAGAUGCUAAUUAUGUCCAAAAUUAUUUUGAACGAAAUGGAAGAUCAACCAAAUUUUACCACGAUAGGAAUCACCAUGAAAUCAAAUCAGAUUGGCCUCAGUUGUACACUAAACGACAGGAAAUUUGCCGAGGCUUUGAUUUCAUGGAAAGUUUCUUUCUUAAAUAUCCCCUGAAACGUUUUGAUGUCUAGUAAUCAUUGAAAUCACAUACGCAUGAAUAAUAUCUAUUGUCUAAUCUAAAGAGUUGUCUCUGUGAUUAAAGAAACGGAACUUUCAUAUCAAA